UUUUGAACAUCACCACCACCACCUAUUGUCCUAUUCUCUAGCUUCUAUCAGAUUAUUCAAUCUCUCUCUCUCUCUCUCUGAAACUAAGACCGAAACAAAUGGCUUUCUCUAAAUCCAUGGCUUUGUUAGCUACUCUUCUUGUUCUGCUACCCAUGGCUACUUACGCUGUGGACUGGCCAGAUAUUUCUCCUACUAUUGCCGAUGAAAUAUGUAAACAAGUUGAGUGUGGAAAAGGAAAUUGCAGCUUCGACACCAGUGAGCCAUUAGGCUAUACCUGCGAGUGCGACCAAGGAUGGAAGCGAACCGCUGAAGGCAACGAUAAUCUUAAGUUUCUCCCUUGUGUCAUCCCUAACUGCACACUGGAAUACAACGGUUGCCAAGCACCUCCUAAAGUUCCUGAUUACACAGAAGUCCCACGCAACUUAUCUGCUUUCGAUCCUUGCUACUGGGUUUACUGUGGAGAAGGUACAUGCGUCAAGAACUCUACCUAUCUAUACACACCAGAGUGUAAAUGCAACUCAGGGGCUACUAAUCUUCUUGGCGUCAGUGUAUUCCCCUGCUACAACGAAUGCACACUUCAACCUGACUGUGCUGCCCUUGGAAUCAAGGUUGCAGAUUCGACUAGUACCUCUCCCGAUGGAACGACGACUGACAGUAAUAAAGCUGCCGACUUCAUGCCAGGCAAAUUCCAGUUGAUGACUAUAGUAAUGGUGUCUGUGGGUAUGAUGCUGUGAAAGUAGGGUUCAUAAUCAUGCCAUACAAGAGAUAGCGCCUUACAUUUGUUCAAGUUUCAUCGUACAUGAGUUUGAUAUACUUUAGAUUAAUUUGAUUGUUGAAAAAUUCCUUGAUUUUCCCCCUGUUUUUCAUUUUGUGUAAGUCAGUUUGUAUCAAUAAGUAAAAAACACGGUCAUACUCAGAUGAUUGUCAUACAUAUGUAUAAACAUUCCUUCCUAUACUUUGGAACAGUGUUAUGAGUA